AUGAAUAAUAAUUCCAGAGAUCCACCUAGCAAAAUUUUGCUUCUUGUUAUGACACAAUUAUCUCCAACCUUUCCACUUUCUAAUGAGCUACUAUUUGAAUAAUUCUCUAAAUAUGGUGAUAUCAAAAAAAUUCUUAUUUUCGAAAGAGGCAAGGCAAACAAAGCUUUUGUUGAAUAUUAUGAUGUGAAACAUGCAAUAGAAGCAAGAAAGGACAAACUUGGUAAAUAUUUAGCUGAAGGAGAAGGAAAACUAACCAUCCACUUCUCUCGUCUUAAGAAUCUUGAUCUUGAGGUUGUGGAUAAAUCUCGAGGAACAGAUUAUACCUAAGCUAGCAGCACAAAUUCUGAUCUAAUGAAGCAUUCGAACACUGAUGAUCCAAACAUACUUAGACAAUAGAUUGAUUAGUUUACUCGUACUUUCACAUAAACUUCUUAACGAAAUCUCAAUUCUGCAAGGAAUGAUGAAAUCAAUAAUUUAUUGAAUUCAGAUUCUGAUGAUGACAUAGAUAUCUGGAAAUAGCAAAAAUAACAAGGACCGCAAAUUUCUUAAGAUGUUAAAAAUAUGAUCACUCAAAAACCAUCCAAAAUUAUUUAAGUAACAACUAUCGAUGAUAGAGUUACUGCUAAAAUGCUGUAUAAUAUUUUUAACAAAUUUGGAAAUGUUGAAGAACUUCUUUUAGAAAAGUAAAUGCAAAGACUCUUUGUAAGAUACUCAACUAUAGAAUUUGCUUAAAUUGCCAAAGAAUAUUUAAAUAAUAUUUAAUUUUUUGAUCAAUAAUGGAGAAUUUCUUAUCACCCUUUAUAACAGUUACAACCAACUACGAUUUCAGAUGAAUAUAUGACAUAUUAUAAUCCUAAUGGACCCAAAGUGAUUGUUCCUUUAUCUAAAACUAUCAUUCUUAGUGGUGUUACGGAAGCGAUGGAAAUAUCAGAGAUGAUGAGACUUGUAGCUAAAGUCACUGAAAUUAAAAUUGUAGCUGCUAAUAGUUUAGAAAUAUCUAUGGUUAACAUUUCUGAAACCUUAAAAAUCAUAGCUGUAUUUUCUGACUAUGAAUACAAAAAUUAAAAAUUGAUUAUUUCUAUAAAAUGA